AUGUGCGCUUCAGAGGUUGCCACACAUAGCUUAGUCCUCGCCGGGAUAAGUGAUUCUGGUACGGUUAUCGUUAACGGGAUCAUGCUGGAUUGUUAUCGCUUGAGCACCAGUUUGUCUUUUCAUCAUAUAGAAUCUGUUACAAAAUUCAACGCUGAAGAAGAGAUAUCAUCCAAACGUAAGCAAACCAUCGAUGAAUCAGGUGACAUUGCUGGAGCUCCGGCAGUGACCACUGAAAUUCAGGAUGGAAGUAUGAGUGAGGAAACAAUUUCUGCGACACAGCAGUGGGAGAGUCAUACGGUGACCACAGGAGUAGAUCCACAGAUCCAAAUUGAGUCAGAACCGAAGCAUGACCAAGAUACUGAUAUGAUGAAGCCAAUUGCAUCUAGUGAUCUGUUUGAACGCAAACGAGCUUCAUCGCUUGCUGCUGCACUCUUUUCCGGCGAUGGCGAACCAGGAUGUAAAGCAUAUGUGCAAUUGAUGAGUCCCAGUGCUGCAGCACAAGUGAUUGAAGCCUGUGAGAAUGAGAAGUUCGACGGGAUGGAGCGAUCUGUUGAGUCAGUUAUGAGCCGUUUGCUCUUCACUUUGAGUUCGCUAAAAAUGAGCGACCCUGAGCGGCAUGCGGCUGCAGUUCGUCGCUUGCAGGAUCUUGAGGAAGAAUUGCGCGCUGCUGGGGCUGUUUGUCCUCCAGAUACGACUAUUUCAAAUGCUGUCUCUAAAAUGCUUGCCUCAGCAUCACCUGCUUCUGAUAUUCAGAUUCGUGUUAAUUCCUCUCAGCAUAUCACUACCACGAAAUCUAUUUUGGAAAAGGAGACGCCUGGUAUGGAUGGUCUGGAUGCAGCAACAGUGCAACAUUUGCAGCAACAGCUUAUGUCAAAUAUGAAUGUACCAGAAACUCCUUUAUCUUCCACAGAGCCGAAUGCCUCAACAGGUGAGCCAUUUUCCCAUUUCUUCAUUCCUGAGAAUCACAAUCAAAAUUAUUUGAGUGGAAAGAAGGAGGUGCAAUGUAGUGCUGCGUAUAAAGUAUUCAGAAGAAAAGUUAUUUCUCAUCAUGAAUUUUUCUUUGCAUCAAAAAUGAUCGUUUGGAAAUAUUUGAGUGGGGAAGAGAAAGUGCAAAAGCAUGAAACCAUGGCGGAGGGCUUUACAAGUGAAGAUGGCUCAGUAGUUGUGUCAAAGAAGAUGACGCGCGUUGUAACUACGACACGGACAACACUUCCAGGAGAGAAGGCGGAAUCGAAUGCGGGAAAUUUGAUACGAUUGAAAGUGAACGAACAGGUGUACUCGGGCAGCGUAGAUCCCGGUGACCAGCACAUACAUUUGGUACCAAUUACCAAGCAGCAACAAAAGUUGGAUUCGAGCGAACAACAACAGCAACAAGAGCAGCAUUAG